AUGCGGCCGGCUGCUGACUGGUCCAGUCAUCAUUUCUGUAGAUACGGCUACCACUGUCUCCGAGCCGACUGCUGGUUCUUCCAUCCGGAGGGCAGGCGUAUUGACAUGCCAGCAGCCUCCAACGCGCCGCAACAGUGGACGCAGCGGAGUUGUGCGAGGCAGAAAAAUGCACAAGUCGUAAUCCUGCGGCAGCAGAAGCCGGGAAGCCUGCAUGUGCUGCUCCAGUUGCGCAGCUUUUCCAUGCCGGUGAUGCCCGGCCAUUUGGCUACCGUGGGUGGUAUGCGCGAUGCAACAGAUCGGGACAGCUCAGUUACAGCUGUACGAGAGGUGUUCGAGGAGUGUGGCCUUUUUGAUGUGGGGCUGCUACCGGAAGCUCCCGGCAAUCUUCGGUGGCAUGCUGAGAAGUCAGGCGUUUUUGAGGUGUCUUCGCGUGAUCGUUUUCCAGAUUUGAUGCGCAGCGCACUGAGGUGUGGGGAAGGCAAGGAAUGCGACUGGUGGGUUCUUCUACUUGAUGGUCCUGGGACUUUCGGAGCAUCCAAGGAUGGAGCCGUGGAGUGCGAAGACAUCUCUCAUGCCCUGCCUCACCUACCCAGCGCCGAACCUGCUUGCUUCGGACACGCAUGGGUCCCAACUUGGAGGCUGCAUGAAAUCGACGCCCAUCAGCUGCCCCUGAUGGGCGGUCUGCUUCGGAGGGUCUCAGAAGCCGUUGCCUCUGUCACUGGAAGCCUCUCAGAGUCCCUGCAUGAUGCAGCGACGCAAAGCGUGAGCAACGAAAUGGUGGGAAUGAGGCCAGCUCAUGCAGCGUGGGCACUGGGAAGACCCGCCAUGGCGCAUGCUGCCGAUCCAGCUGAUGUCUUUGCAAACAGCAAGGAGUACGGCGUGACUGACUAUGCAUCCGGUGCGAAGCUUUCCAGUGCCAAAGAAUGCCUGCGAGACGUGGAAGUCCUCCUACCGUUGGUAGGGACGUGGGAACAAGCUAAGAAUCGACGACGGUACAAGAUCCACAUGAGCAAAGCUGGAAAGCUGUCAUGGGAGGGCCUUCACAUCACUGGUGAGCCAUUGCUUGGCGCCAUGUAUUUCGAGGGCAUGUGGAUCCGAAGCGAGCUCUUCACGCAUGGCGAAGUCUUGAUCGGUUCUGUCCGGGUCAGGCACGGGCCUGAUUGGAAUGAGCUCAGCCUCAAUUUCAAGACAAGAGAAAGCAAGCACUGGGGCAUCGAUCUUCGGGCGACGCGCGCCACACAAGAGCACCGCAUCUACCGACCGCUGCUAAGUGACCCCAAGCCAUCAGCUCGGAUUGGCUGGAUCGCAGAUUCGGGAUAUCAGGUCCCGGCCUCCACGAUAUCAGCAGAUGAUGGCUUGGAAGACUUGACCGCGGACGAACUCAAAGAGUGCUUGAAGGAGUAUGGCGUUAGCCAACACGGGCGAUGCUGCAAUCAAAGAGGACUUCUUUUGGAGCUGGUGCGGAGGAUCGAGGUGGCCCUGCCGCUUCUGGGCAGAUGGGAGUACGGGAAGCAGCCCAACCGCAAGAACUACGAGAUCAAACUCUUGCAGAAUGGUUCUCUGCGGUGGGAAGGGCCCCACUCCAGAGGUGGCCUUCUGUCUGGCAUUCUCGAGGAGGAUGAGGAUGGUUGGUACUUUGCCCAGCUGCUGACGGGUCAGAAUGAGCCGAUUGGCUCCAUCCGCGUGCGCCAUCAUGCUUCAAGGAAGGAUGUGGUGGUGUCAAACUUUCGGAGCCAUUUGAUGGGUGAGUGGGGAAGCAACAUCGUAGCAGAGAGAGAAGGCGAGGAGCAGCCACGUCGACGACCUGCCUUCGAGGCCCCGGUGCCCGAGGAGCCACUGGCACUGGGUCCGGCUGCUUCACUUGGAGCUGCCGAGGUGAAGCUUGCCCUCAAAGGGUAUGGCGUCACAAAGCUGGAGCACUACGACAGCCGGGAGCAGUUAGUGGAACUGCUGGAGACAGUGGAGAUUUCCCUUCCUCUGAUAGGAACUUGGGAGCAGGGACGAAGUGGGAAGCAGUAUGAGAUACAGCAUACCGAAGACGGGCAACUGCUUUACGAAGGCCCGCACAUCCUUGGUGGCACUUUGGUCGGAGUGCUCUAUGAGGAGGAGGGCUGGCUGAGAGCAGAGCUGUUGAAGCUCGGAUGCAUGAAGACCUUUCUCAUAGAGUGGAGGACAUGUAAAGAGGAGUCCGAGCUGGUUGGCUCAGUCCGGGUCACGCACGGACCAGACUGGAACGAGAUGACUCUGAGCUUCAAGCCCAGCAGCUCCAGCCACUGGGGCGCUGAAGUUUUUGCCAAGCGCCUCUCCGAGGAGCACCAUCAGCGCAGGCCGGCGAUGACUCCAGUGGUUGUGAGCAGCGAUCCGGAAGAGGAGGUCCUUGAAGCGCAGUACUGGGAGUCGCUGGAGGUUCUCAGCCAAGCCCUGCGAGUGGAGCAUGCCGCUGCCCCGCCAAAGGAACGCCGAGCCAUGUCCUGGUCUCGCACGUUGGCCUUUGCCCAGAUGACCUUGGGAAUCCGCGGACAUCCGAUGCGCUCAGGAUCGGACGCGAAGUCUUUCGUCAUCUGGGUUAUGGGAGCGACGGAUGAGGUCGAGGUUUCCCUUGCCGAACAAGGAUGCUUCAACGACGUGAACUGGCUAGACCGUGCACGUACCAAGCUGUACAUCAUCGGUGAGAACCUUCUCGAGCACUUUGUGCCCGAAGAUGCAGAGAGACAGGCCAGAAAAGCGGACAACAGUGGACCUAGCGUUGCAUCCGUGACGAAAGAGGAUGUCGCUGGCUAUGUCGUUGUACAUCCGCGGGUUUUUGUGCGAGAGCAGCCUUCAGUGGAUGCGAAGUACGUCGGCGAUCUCUUCGAAGGCACCGAAGUGCGCGGUCGGGAAGAAGGCGGUUGGUUACGACUGGAUGCAGCCAGCGCGGAGCUCUGCACACGAGUGCGCCAGCGGCACACUGGAGGUCCCGCGUGGGUGCUGAUUCACGGCGGCCAGCUGGGCCUGGGCGCUUUUCUGCAGAAGAAGCUCCAGGCAACAACGGCGGAGAAGAGUCGAGCAGGAGAUCCGCAGCUGCACCCUGGAAUCCGCACUGCUUGCUACGAAGAGGUCCCCGAGCUCCUGCUGACCGAUCCACCCGACUUGAUCGCCCUCUUAAUGCCGAACUUCAUGAGAACCGAUGUCGAGGAUCCGCAGCAGGGAUACGUACCGGACCAUGUCCUGGAGGUGGUGCCACCGGACACGCCCGUGGCCUUCUCCAGCCGCUUCGAGCUGCAGGAGAAGGUUCUUCAGGGGUUGGGGCUUGACCUGAUCCUGCCGCAGACCCGCUGUCCAUUCUCCGCUGGCGCCGGCGAUCCGCAUGUCCACUACGACGACAACGGCUGGAUCUUUGCAACCAGGGCAACGGCCGUGUCGCGCGUCCUACGCCACGCUCCACCCCUUAGCCCGCUCAAAGAGAACCGAAAGGAGAAGGUCAAGACUCUGUUCUGGGGUAUCGUGGAUCUGAAGUACGAUGCCUUCAAGCCGGUUCUCGAUCGCAUUCAGGUGCUUGAGACCGGUGAUGGCCGCAUCUCCAAGUUCUCAGGCGAUGGUGCACCCAUCCAGAAGACCUUCGAAGCACAGUACCACUUGGAAGAGGAGGAUGUGGAGUUGCAGACAUACAACUUCAUUUCUAAAGACAAGAAGCUCACGCACGACCUCUUCGAUGUCACUGGCUUCGCCCAUGUGAUACCGACACAGGUGUGCUUCCCGCGCGUGUACUACGCAGGAAUUGCCAGCCACAUCUCGGCGGAAUUGGGUGCGAGAGACAACGACUUAGUCGUUCUCAAGCUCUGCAACCGAUCGCGGGCAGCAGGUGUCUUAAUCGCUCAUGUGUGGGAGCUGGAGGAAGUGCUGCAGGACAUCCUGGAACCUCCCGAUGACCUCGAGGCUUGGUUCCGGCCACGUUUGCUGCACUUGGCGCAUGCGGCUGGCGACCUGGUGGACAAGGACUCCUACGAGGAGCACGUCAGGCACUGGUGGGCGAACGAAAGCCCCAGCUUCGUUGCAGAGCGAUGCUGCUCCUCCAUGCCAACCAUGAGUGGUGGGAGACCGUUUGACGGCACGAUGCGGGUUGGCUUCGCACUUCAUCGCAGGACGGGGGCUUCGGGGUCCCUUACCCCCGAAGAUAUUCAAGUUGAUUGGCUCGGCGGCUACUGGAAGCUGCCUCACGCAGACAUGACCUCGGAUCACGUGCGCGAGCGCCUCAUCAGCCAGGCAAAGACCGGCACGGCCGUCGUGAAGCGCUACAUCUUGACGGAGGUCUACGCCGCCCUUGGCCCAGCUCUGCAGCAGCUUUUCGGGGCGGCAGAGUUCACGCCCGAGCGGCUCCAGGAGCAGUACAAGAGCCAACCGGAACUUGCAGCAUAUCUCACUGCCCGGCGCGCCAUGACGAUGAGCACCCCUGAGCAGAAAGACUUUGUGAACGCCUUGGACGCCUUCCCUUCCAACUCCAACGCGCUGUUCCUCCUUGGCAUGGCCGAGUUGGAGAUGGGCCUCUUGGAGGGCGCAGUGGAGCUCAUGAACAAGAGCCUCCUGCUGGAUCCUGACUUCCGCGCUCCCUACGUGCCACCCGCCCGGAAGAACCUGGGCGUGGCAUACCUGCGUCAGGCCGCACAGAGCUCAGAAAACGCACAACGGCUGCAGGACCUGUAUUUGCGGGUUAUCGAAGUGUCCGAGUCCUGCCUCGCUCGCCACCCUGCAUCGCCCCAGUGCCACUACCACAUUGGCGUUGCCUGCACCCAGAUGGCGCUGAUGCUGCAAGCCGAAGCUACCAACGGCGACAGCCGCUUUCAGGAGUGGCAGGAGGCCCAAGCGAAGGGCAAGCCAAAGAAGCAGCAGGCGCCAUGGUUGGCCGUGGACGACAAGAUGCUCCAAGCGAUGGAGGUCGACAUGAUGCGUGGCCAGACGCUGAAGCCCAUCAAGCUUCCGGACUUUAUCGGAUGGCGUCUGCCAUUCUGGCGCGUGUAG